AAUUUCGCUUUUAUUUGUACAUCGUCGUCGACACCAACAGGUUGUAGAAACAAUGAAUUAGACACUUUAACAAAAAUGCAGGUAAAGUUCUUUAGAUGUAUGUAAUUACAAAACUGAGACUUGUAUCGAGGUUAAACAAAUAUUGUCGGUAUGUUUAAAAGGAAUGCCACAGCCGAAGAAAGGUUGUUUUCACAACGCAACACCCCGUAACCGAGGACGCUCACCGACAUGGUAGGCAGUUUAUUAUUAGCUGUAGCCGGGGAUGUUUUAUUCAGUGAUAAUCUAUGAACAGCGGGGAUACAUAGAAUGGAAAAUAAAGUUAUAGCAUGUUUUAUCAUGUGUGCGGUUUUCUUUGAGUGUAAUAUGGAAUUUCCCCAUGUUUGAUCCAGGAGAGGUGCUAUAGAUAGGUGCCAUGUCGAUCAUGAACGCUGGGACCCCCCAGCCGGGGGAACAGACGGAUGAAGCCCAGCUUCAGGCCAAAAUGGAACGCAUGGCUAGCACGUACUUUGAGAAAUUCUCCACCCCUGCGUUCAGAAUUCAGGAGUUGAUUGGCUACCACAAAAAUCACUGGUUGCUCUCAGAUGACUUCAAAAUGGCUUACGAUCAACCAGUAGGCCUCAUUAAAGGUUUGAAUCCCUUAAACUCCAACGCUUGUGUUCUUAUGAUACCAGAGGAUCCAAUUUUGGAUGAAAAUGAUAUGCACUUGGAUUAUCGUGAGGUGCACCAAGUAAUCCGAGAGCUGACAUAUGGGAUUUAUGUGCUGAAUCAGACCCCUAGUAUAUCGCUAGAGGCUCUGUACGACCAGGGCACGAGUUGCAAUCUCCCCCCGGCAUUCAUGGAUACACAUAUUGGUCAGCUGUUAAUCAGCGUAGAUUACAUGAUGAAAUCCCUGUGGCACGGGGCGUACUUUCCCAAGGAAAAACGGACAAAAUUCAACGACAAAUGGAGGGAACACUUUCAAGUCUCAAAACAGAAUGGAAAACCUGAAAAAGAAAAGUCAUUUCUGUCGGACUUCACCAGUCACGGUAUGAUAGACAUAGGAAAGGACCCCGACUACUGUGAUGCCUAUAACGACCUACAAUUCGAUAAUGACGACGAUCCAGAUAUGAUCAAGGAGAGGAUUCACUUCAUGAAACACGUGGAAGACAUCUGUAUGCAAAUGACUCUAUUUCAAAAGAAAGUGAUGCACGAGAAAGAUAUUUACAUGAUGGAGUCUGAUAUGACGAUUUCUAGCAUAGUUCGACUUCUAGACGAUCGAAUAAACCAUGAUGAUUAUGAACGUGUCAAUACAAGACUUCAGAUGCAUGAAAAUAUGCUACGUGAUAAUAUAACCAAGAAAUUAGAAAUUCGACGACAACUUUUUGUUCUGAAACUAGUGAGUUUUUUAACACCUUUCUUGAUUGGAAUGAGGAAGAGGAUGAAAAUCCCAGACCUGACCAGAUUCCUUCCAGAUCUCUCAGAGGACCAGUGUAAAACAGAAGAGGAACUACCGCCCUUGAUGUUGGGGGAGGACUUCAAAUGCAAGAAUUUUUACCCCGACAAAAACAAAUACUUCCAUCUGCAUGGAGGCAUCAACAUAGAUUUCGAAACAGAUGACCCAGAAUGUCCACCAAAAGAAGUUCUUCUCAAAUACUCAGAGAUCUUGACAAUGGCAGAGAAAGGUUUUCUCAAGGUCAUUUCCAUGGAAACCAUUAAAGAGCAUUAUGAUGUGCCAAAGGUCGAAAUCGGUGGAAAAGAAUACUACAUGAUCUUCAUGGAGUUUGAGACGUUCUUUAAUCCACAACAACCCCUCUGGAUAAAAUCCUUCAACCACAAGUUGACAGUGGACCUGGAAAGAAAGUACCUCCCCCUGCAGGACACGCCCAUGUGGGAUGUGUUUAUAAAAAAUUUUGGCAAGAAAAAGACAGGGAAAUUAAAGGCUCAAAUGACAGGUCCACGUGCUGCAGCCAUUAGAGGUUUGGUCAUCGUAUUUGUCCACAUGUGUCGUAAGACUCUGGGCCAGCAGAUGUCACGGUUGACCAAACAGGAUGAACAUGGUCUGUCACUUCUUCAUCAUGCGGCCAUGAACAAUCGGCCCCAGAUAAUCGUCAGUUUAUUACGACAGACAGUCGACAUUAACUCGAGACGUAACAACAUCCUUUCUACAGGGGAGAGGGAAAGUAGCAGAAAAGCCACAGGUCCCACCGGCCUGCACAUUGCUGCCCGCUGUGGAGCAUUGGAUGCUGCAGCAUGCUUGCUGGCAUGCUGCGCUGGACAGACAUUGUACGAUCAGGAUGGCUGGGCUCCAAUUCACCAUGCUGCGUUCUUUGAUCAUGAGUCUAUCAUCAAGCUGAUGGCGAGAAGGAACAACCCCGUGAUCGAGCUCCUGACCAGGAACGAUACGAGAUCCACCCCUCUGUUGCUAGCUGCAAGUUCUGGAGGUCUCUCCGCAGUGAAGUGCUUGAUCAAUCUAGGAGCAGACAUUUCUCGUGUGGAUGCAGAGGGAAAUGGAAUGGUGAAUUUAGCUGCCAUGAGAUUCCACACCAAUGUCUUGGAGCAUCUGAUUGAAUGGAGUCAUGAAAAGGCUCCUGUCUGGAAAAUUCUUGUCAAGAUGCUGGCUGAUCCGGAUCGGGACAAAAGAGACAGCGCUGUUAAAUGCCUGGAGGUUCUCUCUACAUCUAAACCAGAGCACUGGAAAUCCAUACUGGAAGCAGAUGGAAUCCCCGCGUUGGUAAAGUUACUGAGCUCAGAGAAUGAAGUACUGCAGUCUGUGGCUGCCUCCGUUGUCGUGAAUAUCUCAGAGCACCAGGAGAUUCGCAAAGCCUUGACCAAGGCCAAAGCAGCUCCAAUCCUCAUCCAGCUGUUGAACUCUCCUGACGACAACAUUCAGUCACGCGUGGCUAUCAUUUUGUCAGACAUUGCCAGCAUCCAAGGGAACCAGUCGUUGAUUGCUGAUGAGGGGGGAAUUCCCCCGCUGAUCAAUCUGAUGGACUCCGAGUUGGAGGAAGUGCUGAUAAACACAGUAAAUGCAGUCAGGGUGCUAUGUGCAGGAAAUCCAUUGAAUCAGGACGCUGUGGCGGAAAAUGGAGGAAUCACGUUUCUUCGAGAGUUCCUCACUCUUGAUUCAGAGAAGCUGAAGGCGGCCACUGCGGCUUGUACGGCAGCAGUUUCCGCGGGAAAUAAAAACAACCAGGAUGCUCUGCUAGAGGCGGGAGCAUUAGAGCCUCUUGUUGACAUAAUUAAUGGCACUACGAACGAGACAGUGCGUGUGAAGUGUGCUAAUGCGAUCGAAGCUUUAGCCCAGGAUAACCCAGCCUGUCAGCAGACAUUCCUAAGGAUCAAAGCCCCCACUGCUCUCAAAAAGCUGCUCAAGAAUUUCAAUGUAUCAGUAAAAGAACAUGGAGCCAAAGCAUUGUGGGCAUUGGCCGGGAGCACCACCACCCAACAGAAGUACAUAGCUGAGAAAACUAGCAUACCAGAUAUCUGUAGCAUGCUGCUGGAAGACACAGAGAAACUGCUGCAAGUCGGGUGUAUGAUGUCAAUAGCACUUGGCAGAGAAAACAUAGAAAACCAGAUUAAACUGGCUCAUACUGAGGCAUUUAAUCAGCUGGUCCGUUUGCUGAGAACACACAAAGAUUCACCACAAGUCAUACUCAUGGUCAUUCAGGUGCUUGGAAUUCUCUGUGUCGGUGUUGCCUACUGCAACAACAAAGUGACACAAAGAAAAAUAGCUGAAGAAGGGGCGAUCCCUACUCUAGUCACAUACCUCAACCAGCCUCCGUCUGAGGAGGUCCAAGUGGAGGUUGCCAUAGCUCUGGGCUGCAUCGUCCUUAGCAAUACACGUAACCAGGAAUUACUGCAGGAGGAACCUGGCUUUAAUUUUGAUGUUCUCCUCGAUUUGUUGAAAUCUAAGAGUGAGGCAAUAAGAUUACGGGCAGGAAUGGCUCUGACAAUUUUUGCCUUCAAUAACACCCCUCAACAGUACGCCAUCAGGGAGGCAGGGGGCAUCAAAUACUCUGUGUUCGAACCUUUCCUCAAUUCGAUCGGGGAAUAUGAUAUCUGCUAUGCAGCUUUUCAGAUCGUGGUACUUGCACGAGUGAUUGUUGAUCAAGAUCAGGUGAUGUUAACAGCUCGAGGUGUUACACUCCUUGUUGAGCGGCUUCAAUCUAAAGAAGACAAUGUUAUUGUUUUAGCUGCUAGUCUCCUAUCCAGCCUCGCCCACACGCGUGCCGGCAUCCCUGAUGCCAUGGUUACCUCAGGAGCCAUUGAUAUACUAGUUGAUAAACUCUCCUCCCCUAAUGACCAAGUUCGAGGAGCUUGUGCUGUUGCCCUUGGUUACCUGACGUUUAACAGGACCGCAGCAAGGAUUUUGUUUAGUGCUUGUAGAAAUACACCAGGCUUGUACAAGAAACUUGAGGAGAACAUUGGGAAAAAUGCCAAAAUUAGUCAGGAAUUUGUGCAGGAUUUCAAACGUGCAAAGAUUGUGGGAUUACCUUCACAAUGUCUUGAGAUUAAUGGUGGACCUCCUGUAAUCCCACCCAGUAGAAGCAGUACCAGACCAAUGACGGGGUCGAUGAGCCGAGCUACGACUGCCCAAGCUACCAAUCGGGUCAAAUCCGCCCCGGGACAGCGGGGGAAAAGGUCUCCUCACCCUAGUGUAGUUGUAAGUACCCCCAACAACAGCCGCCCAUCUACUGCCACCACUGUUCGGAUCCACCCCACUUCUCUGCUCAGACCAUCUAGUGCUACCACCCCCAACAGGAAGGGGGCUCGCUCCCCGGACUCCACAUUUAAAACUCGGUUAUCUUCAUGGAAGGAGGAAAUUUAAAAGUUUCAGAUAUUAAUACAUGCAUCCGAGCUCAUGUUAACUGUCUCAUAAUUAUUUUGUGAUUAUUUUGAAUCAUGAUAACCUUUGACAUCUCAGUUUUAUAUAUACCUUUGGGUGCAGUAUCAUACUGAAUAUAGAGUCAUUUUUUUUUAUAUUGUUGAUUUAAACAUAACAAUAUUUUCAUAGGAAAUAAUAUUGAUUUGUUCACAAAAUGUACGUAGGCUAAUGUACAAUCAUUAAAUCUCGUUAUGGAAGAUAAUUGUGCUGUAAGCGUUCAGGGUUUGCUUGAUUCAUGAAUUUUAUCUUUUCUUCUUUUUUCAUCAUGUUAUUUUCUGUUCUAUUUUCAGAGUUUUAAUGUUCAAGAGAAAAGCUUGAAAUUAUAAGUAAGCAAUCAACAAUGGCAUAAAGUUUGAUAGUUAAAUAGCUUUCACUUCUCUUUGAAAGCAUUUUCUAAGGUUAUAUUUUAGCCAAAAAUAAAAAAAACUUGGGAGUUUUACGUUACUCCAUGUCGAUGUAAGAAAUUUUAUGCCAUACCAAAAUAUUUUAUAUGCAUCAUUUUUAAGCCAGACACUUAAGUUUGAUAUAAUUUAUGCAUUCUUGCAUGCACAAUUACUAGAGUUUUUGAUACUUUUCAUAUUUCAGAAUAAUUUCUUUCAAAGGAGGAUUUUGAAAUAUUCAAAGAUUUUAAACAAUUUUCUUAAGAGCAUAAUCACAGCUUAUCAAUCACAAUUUCAGCUUGAAUCUAGCUAAUAUUCACUGUCUGGAGCAAAAGAAAAGAAAAAUAAAUAAAACUGUAAUAAGUCAAUUUGAAAUUCAUUCACUUUUUUUUUUUUUUUUGCUGAACUGAGUAUAUUGCUAGCAUUUAUGUUAGCUUGCAAUUGCAGCCUUUCACGUAUAAUGCUAAAUGACUUUGUCGCACAUUGUGAAAAAUAUUUGAAUUCAUGUAUAGAGCAUAUUUAAUUCACCUCAUACAGAAAGCAUGCUAAUGCAGGACUGCCUAUAUUGGGAUGCUGUGAAUGGAUUUUCGUUGCACAAUUAAAGAGUGUUAAUUAAUGCCAAGAUUCAUAAACAUUAAGUUAAUGAAUUUUGUUCUAUAAAUUGUAUGGGCAGAAUGCCCCGUUAAUCAAGUUUUAAAAAUCUUUCUUAUUUUAUUUAAUUUUUAAUUAAAUUUUGUAUCAUUGCAAGAGGUCAUUUAAAAAAUGGUAACUUUAGAUACUAAGUGAUAAAUGUAGCGACAGGAACUGUGCUAAUCUCAGAGAGUUUAUGUGACACGAUAAAAUAUCUGACUUGUCACAGGUUGUGGUCAGAGUUAGGGCUGAAACGAUACACCCUCUUCUCGAUACAAUACAUAUUGCAAUACUUAUGUCACAAUGCAAUACUUUCAAUACGAUACAAUUUACAGAAGAAAACCAAUAAUAACAUUGAAGAAAAAUUUAAUUACCAAGAUUCACAAUCAUAAUUUAAAAGCAAAAUGUUUCCAAAUUGUAAGAUGCCUGUUGGCUCUGUAGUUUAAACUGAUAAAGUCCACUAUUAUUUUCGUAAGACUCGAGGCAAACAACAGUCUGAACAUUAUUUGACGCUAUUUUGCCUCUUGUGCAGGUAAAAGUAAUAAGUACUGGCCGAGCCUGAUGUGUUUUACUGAACUAGAUUGUAAUAAACGCAUCAAACCGAAAAUCGAGGCAAUGAAUCGAACAAUGAUUCAUGGUUUUAUAUUGAACAGUAUUGAUAUUUCGGUGAAUCAUUUCAGCCCUAGUUAAAGUACAAGUACAUGUUAACUCGCAGAAUGAAUUUACCAAACUGAUUCUACGAUCUCACAGAAUACCGAUUACAAGAAAUUAACAGUAUAAUUUGAUCAGAGUUUUAUGAUGGCCAGAACAUAUAUCUGGAAAAUUGACAAUUGCAGUGUGUUAGGAAAUCAUUUCUGUAUCAAAUAAAUUAAUUCUACAUAGGUGUGUGUAAUAUAUAUAUGUGGGUAUUAUAUAUAUGUGUGUGUGCGUAGUUUACCAUAUUGAAAUUAUACCAGUACAUGUAAUGAAUGAAUGCAGUUUGUUUUUGAGAUCAUAAUGUACUAUCAAUUUAAGUAAUCAGAGGACUAUAAAUGAUAAGAGCCCACCAAAACAUUGAAAUGUUUUUGUUUGAAAAAUAGGUGUGUUAUGUUCAGAAAUAUUGUUGUAACUCCGUUGUUGAUCUGAAGUUUAUCAAAAUGACUUAAAACUAAAAUUAUGACAUCAUAAAGGUGACAUUUUUCAACAAAUUUUGACACGAAAUGGCUAUUCUUCAAAUAUAGAAACCAUGGAGCACAGGUUUGGACAAAUUUAUUCGGUACGUAACAAUUUAUGAUUCAUCUUUCUGAUGAGUACACAGACAUAGCACGUCAUCGAAAAAAAAAUUGUUCAUCUAAAGUUAUAUGCUCUAUAUUUUCUAAAAAGAAUGUUGAAAUAAAUUAGUCCUUCAAUUGAUUGAGAGAGUGUGCAAGGUUUGAUGUUAUGGACUUUACCAGGGAAAAAAUGUGAAACUUUCUUGCACAUCACAAUUACUUUUAUGAAAAAGAAGAAAUAAAAAGAUUUUACAGUAUCUGUAAGGCUUUAAAAUUUGGAGUUUUAUAACGGCUGUUAUCGUAUAUAGUCCUCUUCCUAUUAAAUUGUCCCGAAGGGUUUUAAUUUAUGUGGCGUCUAGUGCAUGGUAUGUCCGUAGAAUUAUGGUGUACCUAAAAUUGCACAAAUUAAGAUGUUGAAAGUUCAAUGUAAAUAUUUGUACAUUGCACAAAUAAUUUCUGCUCUUGCAGGUUUUUAUUUUAAGAAGUAUAUGAAAUUCAUUUUGUUCUUUAAAAAAAUACAGAGAAAGUUACAUAUGAAAGAUUUGACUGUAAGAUUUGAUUAUAAUUAAAGACUACACAUCUGAGUGUUUAUCGUUAUACUGUAGUACUGUUUGUCGAUCUACUUUAAUUUUUAAGUUGCAUGUGUGAGUAAAAUUCCUAUGUUUUGUAAAACUUUGUUAAAGCAUAUUGAGCUAGUCUAUACGAUUGUUUUAUCAUUCCCAAGAUCAUCAGUUUCUGGGAUCUCUUGCAUUCUGUGGCUUUAUUUGCAUGUAUACAUUUAAACAAUUUAAUCUUAGUACAAUAUUUAUGUAUAUUUAUUGAGUUCGACUGUGAUACUAUGAAGUACUGUUAUAUACAUGUACCUUUAUAUUAAUUUUCAUUUUGAAAUUUCAUCGGUUUUUAAUAUUGUGCACAUUAUGUUUUCAUCGCUGUUAUUUUCUAAGUAUUCAAGCUUAUGAUUAAAUAAACUAUGUGGUUUAUCUGUCCAGAAUGUAAAGAAAUUGAAGACCGUAUUUCAUAAUAAAUGUAGAAUGCAGACUAGU